AACAAUAACCCCCCCACCCCCACUAGUUUCGCCCCUUUUUCAGUGCUUUAACCCAAAAACUCUUAUUCACAACUUUAUUUUUUCCUUUACUAGCAAUUCUCCAACUUCUUCUUCAUCUUCUACCUUACAAUUUUUCCUUACCAUAAAACCAACGUAAACUUCUCUGUACCUUAAAAAACACAAAACUUUUUUGCCCUUCUUGUUUUUGUACUUAUUUUUUUAAUGGAGUUGAUUGAGGCAAGAGCAUUAAAAUCCAGUUUUCUUUCGGACAUGGCCAUGAAAACUAGCCAACAGGUUUUUCUUGACGAUAUAUGGUGUGUAACGGGUAUUAAUAACGUACCAAGUGAUGAUUUUUCAGUUGAUGACCUUUUGGACUUUUCUGACAAAGAUUUCAAAGAUGGCCAGUCUUUACAAGAAUUGCAUGAAGAUGAUGAAAAAGACUCUUUUUCUGGCUCUUCACAGCACAAAAAUUCUCAAGUUUCAAACUUUUCAUGCAUGGGUAGUUUUUCCGGCGAACUUCCUGUCCCGGUUGAUGAAUUGGAGAAUCUUGAGUGGUUAUCACAAUUUGUGGAUGAUUCCACGUCGGAAUUCUCCUUGUUGUGUCCUGCCGGCAGUUUCAAGGACAAAACCGGUGGCUUUCAAGUUUCCCGGUCCGAACCGGAUGUAAGACCGGUUGUUCAGAAACUGAGAGUUCCAUGUUUUCCUUUACCGGUUGUUCAGAAACCUAGAACUAAGCGGUCCAGACCGGCUGGAAGAAAAUGGUCCUUUUCGUCACCAACAGUUUCAGCAGACUCGUGUUCACCCACCUCUUCAUCAUACGGUUCGUCACCGUUUCCUCCGGUUUUAUACGCGAACCCGGUUCUAGACGGCGACUUGUUUUGUAGCGUAGAAAAGCCGCCGUUGAAAAAGCCGAAAAAAAUUUCAACAGCAGAGACCGGUUCGGGUCGUCGGUGUACUCAUUGCCAGGUCCAGAAAACACCACAGUGGCGAGCCGGUCCAUUGGGUCCAAAAACUUUGUGCAACGCUUGUGGUGUUAGAUACAAAUCCGGUCGGCUUUUUCCGGAAUAUAGACCGGCUUGUAGUCCGACUUUUUCUCAGGAAGUUCACUCGAAUAGUCACCGGAAAGUUUUAGAGAUGCGGCGGAAGAAGGAGAGCGGUGAGGUUAUUGACUCCGGUCUAGCUUUCAACUUGUUGAGUUUUGAAAUGAAUGAGAACCCGGUUCAUUCUGAACCGGUCUAAAAUGGUCUUAGUGCGGCUGCGGUUCAAAUGUGAAAAUUUUGGUAAAUUGUGGGUUGUAGGAGGGUAGACAUAGAAAUGUAGCGUAUUUUAGGGAGGUUAUUGUAAUUUUACUUUUAGUAUCUUUUUUCUAUUCUCUUUUGUAGUAUAAAAAUCUAAUUCAUUUGCAGUUUAGUGGUCAAUCUUAUAGGAACUAUUCAUUUGUUUUUAAA